UUUCUUAUUUGAUAUUUCAAAUUUUAUCUUUAAAUUAUCAAUAAUAUUGCAUCUUUUUCUAGCAAUGUUAAACUGACGUUUAAAUACUCUAAUAGUAAUUAUUAUUAUAAUACGAUUAUUUACAACAUUAACGUGCUGUUGUGAACCCCUGUCUGUAUGCUAUACGCAGUAUGAGAUAUAGUAAUAGUAUAAUACAGUAUAGUGUGUAAGCAUAUUAAUGUGUGAACAGACAGAGUCACACGGUCUUAAGGAAUUCGCUGUGUGGACAGUUUUGAGCCCGAGCGAGCCCCUACCGUGUCUCGCUGUUUGUGUAAUAUUCAGUGUAGUCCUGGCAGACCAUCGAGCAGAGCCUCUGUUGUUUUCUUAAGUUUAAUUAUCAUUCUGUGCAACUAAAUUUCUUUUAAAAUUGAUUAUAUUAAUAAAGUAUUAGUGAUAACUCAAACACCUCGUAUUUAUUUACUAACUGUAUUAGCGUUUAUGACUGAUCGCGGUGCACAUUGUUAUAAAACAUUUAAUUGCACACUAUUGAUACCUAGUUGAAUAUACUUUUUAAUUUCAUAAUAUGUAGUUCAAAAUUAAAUGCGUACCUAUAUCGAUUAAGUUUUUAUAUGCGUUUGUUGUAAAUCGUUUGAAGGACAGAAAUUCUUUAAACGCGUGUAAUACUGCCUUACCGUACUAUAUAAUAUAGCGUAUUUUAGUUUCAUUUUUUCUUACUCGCUGCUGCGCAAGCGAGAUAAACCUACUUUCAAAUAUAUUAGUUAUUCUGCACUAUCUAUAGGUACUUAUAAUUGAAUUUCGUUACUUAAAUUGAUUAAAUAGACGUUCAUAUAAGAAUAAGAUACACAUAAAUAGAUUGAUAUAUAGAGAAAAUCCCCGUACGUACAAUAAACGAGUAAAAAAAUAAAGUUAAUAAUAUUGACAUUUAAGAAAAAAAUAAAACAACUAUAUAUAUAUAUCAAUUAUAUUACAAUUAAAUUAGUUGGUCACGUCCCCUCCAUCCUCCCCCCACACACAAUUUGAGUAAAUCUUUGUUUGUACACCACACGCGUGCGUCCAUUAAAGUUUUCCUUGUGUGCGUGUACUACCGGAGUUUCUAUUGGCGGUGUAUAAAUGUAUGCGUAUGUGCCCUCACACGAAUGCCCAAAACGAUGUUUUUACAAUAACCAUCUCACGACUAAAAAUAAACGUGAUCAUGAAUUUGUCCGAGAUUUGCACUAUAUCAAUAAAAUAUUAUAUGAUAUUAUGGAAUAUGAUUCAUGAGCGCGUGUUAAAUUAAAAAAUCACCUAAACAGACCUGAAAAAAAUAUAAAACUUUGGAAAUGUCUCGUGCUUUGUCUCAUAUUUUAAUACUGUCGCCGUUGUGGUCAUAUUAAAAUAAAUAUUUAAACCAAUCAUAAUAUAAUUUAUAGUAUAGUAAUGUAACAGGUUAUAUUAUACUGUAUAGGAAUAUAUGUGUAUAUGUUACGGGCAAUGUGAACAUUGCCCGGUCUAUGUAUACUUUGCCCGCUGUUUUUGGACAAUAUAUUAAAAUACUAUUUUGACCGGGCAGGGUGAUACUUUCACCGGUCCAUGUAUACUUUGCCCGUAGUAAAUUAGACAUUGUAACUUAAACUAUCAACUAUAAUAUUAUGAAACCGUUGUCUGUUAGUAUUUCAAAUACCUAUACUAGUAUGAGCCACGAGGUACCAAUAUACAAAACUCUCAAUAUUAUCUCGUCAAUUAUUGUCGUUUCAAGAUUAUAUUAUCGGUAAAUCGGUUUUACCUUUUAGAUAUUGUACAAUAAUUAUUAUCGUAAUCAUUGAAUCGUACAAAAUGUGAGUUGUUAAUACUGCCCGGUUGAAAGUCGUUAGUAAGUAUCGUCGUAGUGUUAGUGUAGUGUUCGCUGUAUUAACGUGUGUGGUAUUUAAACUAAAUUAAUUGAAAUGGAAGGGCAAUAUUUAAAAAAUCUUGAAAUUGCAUUAAAAAAUAAAAAUUUUAAUAGUACAUAUUUAACUAAAACUAAAUACGAUGAAUUAAUAUCUGAAGUAAAACAACUUAAAAUGAAAUCAAGAGGCCAUAAACUUUUGAAAAAAAUAUGAUAUAAUAACAGUAUCUGACAUGGAUAAAUUAAUUGUUCCAGUGAGUAAUGAAGGUAAUGAUCUUAAGUACUAUGUUUUUAAUGAAGAAUUAUUUAAUAUUAUUCAUGAUACUUAUUUGACUAUCGGUCAUGGUGGACGAAACCGUAUAGAAUAUGAGUUAAAUAAAAAAUAUAAAAACAUUACAAGAGAAUCAAUUAUGUUAUAUUUAAAUCUAUGCAUAUCUUGUCAAAAAAAAGGCAGUACUGCAAAGAAAGGUCUUGUUGUAAUACCAAUCAUCUCAAAUGAAUUGAAUUCGAGAUGUCAAAUUGAUCUUAUAGAUAUGCAAGCACAACCUGACGGAAACUAUAAAUUUAUUUUAGUGUAUCAGGACCAUUUAACAAAAUUUGUUUUGCUUCGCCCAUCAACGCAUAAACGUGCCGAAGAAGUAGUUUAUGUACUUUUUGAUAUUUUUACAACAUUUGGCGCACCAAUGAUUCUACGAAGUGACAAUGGCCGAGAAUUCAUAAAUAAAAUAAUAAACGAAUUAUGUAAUAUGUGGGAAGAUUUAAAAAUUGUACACGGAAAACCGAGACAUUCGAAAAGUCAAGGGUCCGUCGAAAGGGCCAAUCAAGAUGUGGAAAACAUACUUUCCACUUGGUUACAAGACAAUAAAACAAAAAAAUGGAGUGAAGGACUAAAAUUUGUCCAAUUGAUGAAAAAUCGAUCGUUACAUCAUGGAAUAAAAUGCAGUCCAUAUGAAGCAAUGUUUGGAUGUAGCGCUAAAAUUGGAUUAAAAUCAUCGGUACUUCCAAUAUCAAUAAUUAAUAAAUUAAAAACUGAAGAAGAUUUAGAAGCAGCUAUUACAUCCAUGAAUACUGGUGAUCAUUGUGAAGUUGAUGAAAUAUUGAUUGAAGAAAAAAAUGAAGAAGAAAAAAUAGGUAAUAGAAUAAAUAAAAUAACUGCUGUAAGAACAGAGUCAGUCGUAAAUUUAAAAACUCAAGCUAAUCGAAGCAUCCAAAAAAAGAUUUUGUCAGGCAAAAGUGGGCGAAACCGUCAAAAUCAAAAUACUUGAUGUAGACAGAGCUCGCAGCGACCUUCGUUGUAUAAUAAUAAAGUAAUUAACAAGAUCGAUAAGAUUAGAAAUGUUUAUAAUUAUAAUAUAAAAACUUUUGGUUUAUAUUGCCCCAACUAGACUGGGCAAUUCUAUACAGCCCGGACAAUGUAUAAUUUUGCCUACAUUGCCCACCAUAAUCGGGCAGUACCAUAAUGCCCGGGCAAUGUGAACAUUGCCCGAAAGUUUACUUUGCCCGUAACAUAUACAAAGGUACUAUAAUAUAUGUACCUAUCAACUACCGUAGAACUAUAUACUUAAUUCAAUAUAUAAUUAUUAUGAAAUGAUAAUUUUUGAACAUGUGUCAUCGAUACCUUACUAUGUUAAUCGUUAGUAAAAACAAUGUCCCCCAUAAUAAUUUUUAAGCUUUAUACCCUUAUAACCUUUUAAUAAGAAUUAUGACAUAUUAUGACAAGAAUUAUGACAAUUAUUGUUAUUCUUGCACCAGUAGAUUAUAAAUUAUUGGUAGGAAAUGCUUCUGCUGAUCAGUAGUUAAAAAUUAUUUGUUAUUUCUUACACUAUUUAUUUUAUAUUUAUUUGAAAAAUAUUUGACAGUGUAAUCAUGACGUAUAAAUGUGCUUCGUAACGAUUAAUCCACGUCACUGAGCAUGUUGCAAACUCGUACACCUUUUCUCGAAGUAUUGGUCCGUUUAAAAGUACAUUUUUCCAUCGUUAUAAUAUAGAAAACGAUAUAUCUAUUUAAUAAUAGAUAUCUUUAUACGUGUCGGUAUGUUGAGAUUCCCUCAUUAUAUUUGCAUCUCAUCCAGAAUCAAUAAAAUUCGCAUGUAGAAUGUGUACACAAGAUUAUUUAGGGAAUUUAGGUGCCUUCACAGUACACUUGAUAUUUCAAAAAGUCUUAAGUUUUUCUUAAAUAUUAAUUUUACGUCAUUGUAAAACAACAUUGAAAAAAAAAAAAUGAUAACUUUAAUGUAUAUAUUUAAUGUUUUACUUUUCGGAAUGACAACAUUCGUAUAUUAGGUUUCUAAACAUAACAUUAGAGCACCUUAUAUCCCUGUUUUGUCCAUCCGUCUGUUUAUCUGUUAGUUACAAGUAUAUAAUUCGACUAUUGGUAGAUACGAUUGAUAAAUGUAUUCUUUUUAAAUUGCACAAUAUGGAAUUCUAUUUAAUUGCACAGUUGUAUUCAAACACGUUUAGAAACCUGGAAUUUAGCACACUCGCUAAAUGAAAUUUCCUAACUUGUUUGUUUCAUAUUUUACUCAUAUUUUUCUAGUAUUUCGAUAUAUCUAAAUAACAUUUGAAGCACGUUGGUGUAAUUUAAGCUGAAUCAAAAAAACUAUAAAUAUGGUGAAAGCAAAGCCACUCAUUAAGACUUUAUAUUGGAAUAAAAGUUGACUGAGAAAUUGUUUUCAUGAUACAAUUUUCAGAUCGUAUUUUAACUUGUGAUUCUAGCAGUAAAUUAAUGAAAUGCUCAUCAGAAAUUAAAAUAAACAGUGCAAAGACAUUUUGGUCAUUUAGUGUUUCAGUAUGUUUGACCCGUAAAUAAGAGCGAAUUAUAUGUCUGAUAAGCAGUCAAAUCAAACUAGUCAAAGAUUAGAACUAGUAGACGAAAAUAUGAUAUAUAUUAUUAGGAGCUAAUCACAUCUGAUGAGUUAUAAUAUCUGAGAAAUAAAAUAAUGCCUAUGAUUGGCAAAUGCAACUACUCAAAGCUUUGAGUAAAAAAUAAAAUUGCCAUUACAAAAUAUAGUUACCUACAUCUCAAUAAUGAUAAAAUUUGCUAUUAUCAUAUAAUAUAACAUUUGUAGCGUAGCAAACUAGCAACAUAUGGGUGUGAAACUAAUGCAUUAGUCAUAAAUGAUACUAAAAAUAAAAAACUAGAUGUCUUUGAAAUGUGUUGCUGGAAGCGUAUGAAAAGGAUAAGCCGGAUAGAGGGGAAAACUAAACGAAGAGGCACUUGGAAUUGUUAAAGAAAAACUUGUAUUAUUGGAUUCAAUUAGAGUAAGAACUACCUUGAAAAACGGUCGAACAUGCCCAGAGACAUCCUGCUGAAGACCUGUAUAAUAUAAUAAUUAUUAUUGAAUGGAAGAGAACUGCCGGGCGUCCUCGCAACUCGUAUUUAGGCCAAAUUAAAAAUGAUGUAAGAGUCAAAACUAUUAAGCAACUGAUAUAGAAGGUGAGCAAUCGCCAAUCGACUAGACUUUAGAAUUGUUGAAAUUUAAAUUAAAUUAUAGACCUACUUACGGGUUGAAAAAAAAUAGUAUUCAAGUUCAGAUGAGCGGAGUGGUGGACCCAAACCGAAAUUUUUCGGUGUGCUCCCGUUAAAAAUCUGGAUUUUUGCACUAUUUUAAAUAUUACGAUUUGGUAUGCAAAGAGUGAGUUCCGCCGCACAUAUUGUGUACAUAAUAUUACUAUUGUUUAGGUAUAAUAUUAUACCCUCGCAGUGUUUUUUCUUUGUAGUAAUUCAUAGGUACCUACUAGAUUUCUUCGAAUAUAAUAUUAUUUACAACUACGGCGGCUAGGCAAAGCAACAGUCGUAUACGCACGUCGCGCGCACGACCUACGUUCGCGGUGCACGCCGUCGGUUAGCCACAGAUGAGUUUUAGUUGAGUAUACCUUUAUUAUUAUAAUACGAGAAACGUGUGCGUGUAUGAGUGUGCAGAACUCUUGUAAACGCUCAUUUCGUCACGAGUGCGCGCCUGUGUGUGUGUACACCCGGCAACGAGCACAAAGUCAUAAAAAAAAAUAAUAAAUGUAAAAAAAUAUAUCCACUAAUAAAAGUUCAAACCCCAACCCGACUGACUGCACUCCGACACCGACGGCGAAAUAAAAUAUAACGCUAUAUGUGCGCGUGCGAGGUACUUUUUGGUUUUAAUUUAUAUAUCAAAGUGCGCGCGCCCGCGCGCGCGUGUGUGUGUGUGUGUGUGUGUGUGUGUGUGUAUGUAUGUGUGUGUGGAAUUGUAUUUUGUACCCGACACAAAACACCGACUUGUACGGCACCGCCGCCGCGCGAUAUGAGUUUAUUAUUUAAAUUUUUGUCGAGUUUGUCGCGACGUGAAAAAAACAAACCACUCCAUUCAGCAUUAAAACUGAAAUACAGUCUAAUUACGACCGAAGUCUAUUCUUUCCAUUUGUUUGCUAUAAUAUAAUACUAUUAUUAUUAUUAAUUGACACGUCGCGGUGACUUUGUGUGAUAUAUAUUUCGCGUUAUUAUUGUUUCGAUCGCACCUGACCGCUUAGAGCGAUUGAUUUGACAUUUUUUACAUUUGCGACGUGCAAAAUUAUACGUGUGUAUUAUUUAUAAUGUGUUUUUAAAUAAAAUAUUACGAUCCAAAUUUUCGUCAUUAAAUAUUGUAUUUGUAUUUGGACACAUUUUCACUGAACUAUGAUUUCCUUUAAAAAAUUUAAUCUCAUAUUCUGUUCACGAGAACUGUAAUGGAAAAGUGCUGAUGGUUUUGUUUGCAGUUUAAAAUUUAAAAUAUUUAAUUAUUUAUUUAAUUGUGUAAUAAAAUCUAAAAAAUAAUGAUUGGUGGUCAUUUUGAUUAAACUUGAUUAUAUUAUUAGAAUGAUGUGGUAAUAAUAACGCUGCAUCGUAAUAUGAAAUAAUAUACGCUUAUAUUAUACAAAAACAUAAAAUAUUAUUUAAUGUUUUUUUUUCCGUAGUGCGUAUGAUUUGGAGUUAAGUUCUGAAACAUUAUUUGCGUUGUGCACAUUGAAUAACUAUAAAUUAAUUGUUGGAACGGUUACCGGACCGAUAAAUUGUGAUCAAUACCAUGUAUUAUAUAAAAAUGAGAAAUCAAUAUUGUCUUGAAACUUCUACAAAUCGUUAUUUACGUGCAAAAACAACACAAUGUAUAUAUUUAUUAUAACAAGGGCUACCAUUUUAAUGGACUAUGAAUCAUAAAAAAAUAUGCAUUUAUGAGACUAUAAAUGGUAAAAAAUGACCUAAAAAUGAACUUAAAAAAACUCUUAGAAAUGUCU